AUGACAACGGAGGAGACGCCGAUAGAACGAGAGAAGUGCGCAAGGUCUUUUGGAAGGCGUCUCACCGAGUACCAGGUCAUCGGGCGUCACCUGCCCACCGAGGCUAACCCCACGCCCAAGCUGUACCGCAUGCGCAUCUUCGCGCCCAACACCGUUGUGGCCAAGUCGCGCUUCUGGUACUUCUUGACCCAGCUUCGUAAGGUCAAGAAGGCCAACGGUGAGAUCGUCAGCCUCAACGUGAUCCACGAGAAGCGCCCUCUCAAGGUCAAGAACUUCGGUAUCUGGCUCCGCUACGACUCUCGUUCCGGUACCCACAACAUGUACAAGGAGUUCCGUGAGAUGAGCCGGACCGAGGCUGUCGAGGCCCUCUACCAGGACAUGGCUGCUCGUCACCGUGCCCGCUUCGGCUCCAUCCACAUCCUCAAGGUUGUCGAGAUCGAGAAGGCCGACACCAUCCGCCGCCCCUACAUCAAGCAGCUCCUCCAGAAGAACCUCAAGUUCCCUCUUCCCCACCGCUCCGCCAAGCCUGCUGGCAAGAAGGUCUUUGCCUACUCGAGACCCUCUACCUUCGCUUAG